AUGAAUUCAUCUGUUGGAACAAAAUUCAAAAAUAAUAAGGAAUCUAUGUCAAACAUAACAAACAAUAAAUUAGUACAUCAUAACAAUGUCUAAUUAAAGAAAUCUCAUUACUAUUCUUAAAGUCAAUAAAUUUUGGAUUAACAAAUAGAUGAAAAUCUUUUUUUUAUUCCAAAAUAUACUUUAAGAAGGGUUAAAAAUUCAGAAUAAAAUAGUAAAACUAUAUUCUAUAAUUCUUAGUUAUGACAAAUUACACAGUAGAAAAAUCAUUAUAAUCCUAGUUAAUUAGUAAGUUUUUGAAUGAGAAUAGUAUUCAACUUCAUCAAAUCAAACCUUUAAAAUAAAUUGACAUCAAAGAAUUAAUAUAAUCAUCUUCAAAGUCUAAUAAAAAAAUAAAAAAAUAAGGAAAUAUUAACACAGAACCAAAUUAAAAUAAAUAAACACUACCCUUAAUGCCUUAGUUGAAAUCAUCUUAAAUCAUUGCUGAUUUAUAUAAAUUCACUUUUUAUAGUCCUAAGACUUAAGAGAACAAACUUAGAUUGCCUAAAGAAUUCUAAAUUCAACCUUGUAGUAAACAAAAAUAUUUUAUAUGA